AUGUUUUUGGAAAUCAUUACCGUCGGUGCUGCUUUAUGGUUAUGUUGGAAAUCAUUUUACAACGCACAAAAUCAAUCUUACAAAUGGCCUCAUAUUAGCUGUCAACCAAUGCAAAUAUCACAAUCUUUGAAAGAUGAAUUUAAUUUGUUAAAAACUCGAAAUCUUAAAGAGAAAUCAGCAUCAUUUUUAUCAAAAUUUAAUCAAAAAAACGAAGAAUUUGAAUCGGUAAUGAAAUUACGUUAUGAUUUACUUGAACAAUAUAAACAAGCUAAUGUAGCAAUGAUUAUUAUCAAUACUAUGGCACAAAUUGAAAAAGAAAUUGUUUCCGAUGAACAAUCAUCAACCACCGGUGGUGAACAAUCAACAACAACCGAUAAACAAUUUCUUGACAUGAAUUUACGUACAACAACAACAUUCGUAUUGACGAAUUCACAAUUAGUUCAUAUAAUAUUUGAUUGUAGUUUAAUGGCCAAGGAAAUAUUUGAAAAAAGAUUACAAUUUAAUAAUUCUUUGGUUACUAUUAAUGAAAGUAAUCGAACAGAUGAAACACAAAUUGGUUAUAUUACAGAUUUUUUUACAACAAUAACCAACAAUGAAAGAAAUAGUCAAAAUGUUAGAAAAUUAUUUUUCUCAAUGAUUAUGACUAAAUCUUCUUAUCAAAAAUUACUACAACCAUUAUCAUUAUAUGUUUCAAAUCAAAAAUAUCGUAUCAAACGAUUAUUUUAUCUACGGCCUUCAAUUCGAUUGAUUGAAACACUUGGCUAUUUAGAAUUGAAUCGAUAUGAAUCAUUAAAUUCGCUUGUUAAAUUAGAUUCUAAUAUUUUUGCCUGUUCAUUACCCAAUCAAAUGUAUGAGCAACGAUUAAAUUUUCAUAGCCAAAAACCAUAUAAUAUUAAACAAAAAGAAGCAAUUAUUGCUGCAUCCAAUAUUGUCAAUCAAUCGGAUCGAAAAAAAUUUCAAAUUCUUAUGGUACAAGGUCCACCUGGUACUGGUAAAACUCAUACAUUAAUCGGUAUGAUUAAAAAUAUUAUCGCUAAUUCAUCAAUGUAUGCUUCGGAUCAUUUUCAUAUACUAAUUUGUGCACCAAGUAAUGGUGCUAUCGAUGAAAUUGGUCUACGAUUAAUAGCUGAAAAAGAAACAUUUCUUCGUGAUCGUUCACUUGAAAUAGUUCGAAUUGGACAAUCAUCAAGAAUUCAUCCAGAUAUGAUCCCAUAUGAACUUGAUACACGAAUCAAUUCUCGUUUAAAUGAUAUUAAUAAAAAUAAACGAAUGGAAAUACGUACAAAUAUUAUGAAAGAAGCUGAUAUUAUUUUAACAACAUUAACAAAUUCAUAUGAAUCAUCAUUACAAAUUUCAAGAUUAAAUCUUAAUGAAGUUAAAUUUGUUUGUAAAUUAUUUGGACAAAUUAUUGAAAAAAUUGGCUAUAAUCGAUUAACAAUGAAAGAAUUACCUGUUUCAAUUGGAAUCAUAACAUUUUAUCAGGAACAGAAAAAAACAAUUUUAUCGGAAUUAAUGAAAAAAUUUCCCAAAAAUUUAAUUGAUCAAAUUAAAAUUGAUACUGUUGAUGCAUUUCAAGGACAAGAAUGUGAUAUUGUUAUACUUUCAUGUGUUCGAGCACCGGAUGAAUUUGGCCGUAUUGGUACAAUUGGUUUUGUACGUAGUCAACAACGAAUGAAUGUUGCAUUAACACGUGCACGAUCAAUACUUUGUAUUUGUUUACAUAAGAAAAAAUUUUCAAAAAAUUCAAUUUGGAAUCAACUUUUAUCGGAUGCCCAACAACGUAAUCGAUUAUUUUCCAUUUCAUCUACAAUUAAAGAUUAUCAACUUAAGCAAAUGCUUGUUUAAUCGAUUUCAAAAAAAAAAUCACUGUGAUCUAUCUAUAUUUGUUUAUUGAUCAAAAUUCUU